GGAGCGCAAAGCUUUUGGAGACCGUUGGAUCAAGGUCAAGCUCGAAGCGUCACAGCAAGGUUGUGUCUCUGUCACAUAGAAAACACCAUGAAUUUUGCAGCGUCAUUUUACAGAAGAUUGAAUGUCAAGGAACUUGUGACAAAUAUUCCUGUGUAUAGAAGCACCAGUGAUGUAUCUGGAGAAGGUUUGAGUAUGGUGUUCAGGCGCUGGGCUACCAAAAAGACUGCUGGUUCUACCAAGAACGGACGGGAUUCAAAACCCAAGAACCUUGGAGUGAAGAAAUUCGGUGGGGAGAGGGUGAUACCUGGAAAUAUCAUUGUUAGACAACGUGGCACUCGUUUUCAUCCAGGAAACUAUGUCGGACUUGGGAAAGAUCAUACUCUGUUUGCAUUGAAAGAGGGAUUGGUGAAGUUUGAACGGAACAAGCUGACUGGUCGCAAAUGGGUGCAUGUUGAGCCUAAGGAAGGCCAUGUUCUCCACCCUUUGUAUGCAAAUGCCUCUGCUUCUGAAGUAAAGGUUGCUGUGUAAGUCUCACCAAUGUCAUCCAUGAUAGAAAUUUUUUAUCUGGUGACAGAAUUCAACUUACCUUCUUGGCUAUGUGAACACCGAUAUGUUCUCACUCUGCCUUUAUUAAUACCUUCUUUAAUUGAAAAAUGGGUUAGUUGGCAGGUACAUACUCUUCUAUUGGAAUUAUUUAAAAGAAUGACUGUGGAAGGAAACAUGAGUUGGUACUUAAACAUGUUUAGGAGUUGCUCCUUUUAUUUGUUUGUUUAACUAUAUUUGAUUAUUAUAUGCAGUGUUAGCUAGCAUAGCAACAUUUAUUUUGGUUAAUAAUGGUACAAGUCUUUGAGGGCCAAA